UUAAUGCGGUAGGUCGCCGCUCGGUUCGUUUCACAUCUCCGACUCUCCGGUACGCACGUGAGCCUCUGUCGCCUUGCUGCUGAUACUUCGCGCUGCCUUGGCGUUAUUGCGAGGAAAGUUUCAGAAAACAGCUACUGUCGUUUAACAGCUCAACGGGACCUAACAAACGGAUAAGUUUCCGGUGCCACCGUUAAUUCAAGGCAGUUUUAUAGCUCACAUCUAGCAGCGAUGGGAAUCGAAUCUGAGGAGCCAAAGUCCACAGCACCAAGUGAAUUCAGCGUUUGAACGGAGGCCUUCUGCUUGCUAAGGCGAACUUCUUCUUUCUUUAUGGAGCAUCUGCUAUAAUUCUCCCUGCCCUCUCUGUGUAUGGUAACGAACUGGGGCUCAAUGCUGCCUCUGUGGGUGUGGUUUUGACUGUGGUGCCCUUUGUUGUGUUCCUCGUUCGACCACUCAUAGCAGGCGUCUCCGACAGACUGCAGAAGAUUAUGCCGGUGCUUGUAUGCGUCAUAGUGUUCGAAGCCUAUUUCUCUUUUGUUCAUCAGUUCAGUACCUCCAUUAAGAACAACCGGCGAGCAGGACGCUGGACUGAGUUUACAGCUAAACUUAACUGCCUCAAAUGCGACGGGCUCACUAGUGGGAAUAGACAAUAAAUUUUGCGUGGCUGAGCAUCUCAAGAACUCGAGUGUUCACUGUUUCCUCGAAUGCCCUUGCCAGAGGGGCAUCCACGCUGAUGGUGAUAAUGUGAGUGAUUCGUGUAGGCUCCAACACAGUGUAGGUUUACAACCUGUGUCUGCAGAACUGCCUAGUGAGUUUUACCUUCUCGGACAACGAAAGUGAGCCACUGCCGAGUGCUGAGCUUCAGCCUUGAUGAAGCGAUAGUGACGUGCACUGCAAACUGUUCCGUGGAUCUCUUGCCAUGCCUGGAGAAAUCUGCUGACACUGCGGCUGCCUCGGAGGACAUGCACUCGCUGCAAUUCUGGCUUUUCCUCCUGCUCACGUGUCUCAUACGCAUUGCCAUUUCGAGCACCUUCUCACUGUCCGAUACUGCCUGCUUUCAGCAGCUCGGCGAUAAGCCACAAGACUAUGGCCUCCAACGGCUUUGGGGCACUGUUGGCUGGGGCAUCACUGCACCCUUGAGUGGAUUGCUGAUCGACUAUGUCAACGCUCAGCUUGGCUACAAAAGCUUUGUGCCCGGCUUCUACAUGGCGGUGGGGUUGAUGGCAAUACAGUGUGUGAUCGGCUGCAGUUGGCGGCUAGGGCCUUCCACACACAACAAAAGCAUCCUCCGGAAUGUUGGCGGCUUGCUAAGGAAGCCCAGGCACCUGUGUUUCCUCCUGGACAUCUUUGUGGUGGGCAGCUGCAGCAGCAUUCACUGGUACUACAUCUACUGGUACCUCCAGGACUUGCAAGCCAGCAAGCUGCUCAUGGGGCUCACCCUGGCGACACAGAGCUUCUUAGGGGACUUGCCUUUCAUGUUCCUCUCAGGGUGGCUAAUAAGCAAGUUGCAACACAUCAAUGUGGUGCGUCUGGCUUUCCUGGGCUUCUUCGUGAAGUUCCUGGGCUAUUCAUUCAUGCACAACCCUUGGUGGGCCAUUGCCAUCGAGCUACUGCAGGGACCAACGUACGGCUCAUUCUAUGUGGCCAUGACCUCCUAUGCUCGCAGCAUCUCUGUUCCUGGCACUGAGGCCACUUUUCUCAGCAUUAUACAGGGGGUCUUCGACUGCUUGGGUAUAGCUGCUGGAUCUUGCCUGGGUGGCCUGGGCUUAAGCUAUUUCGGUGCCAGAAAGACCUACUUUAUUGCAAGUUUUGUGCCUCUGGUGUGGCUUGUGCUGACAAUCCUGAUUAGUCAGCUUAUCACACACUGUAGCAGCGGUGAGCAGGACAAGGUGGUUGUUGAAGAGCCCAUGGAAUCUGUCCAGCCUUUCAUGUCUGCCAAGAGCAACCGAAGAGACCAUUCUGAUCAACAGCCUGUGGAACAGCUUUGAAUGUGGCUGCAACGCAGCGGCUCAGAUGGGCAAUCGGCUCGAUCUCACCCAGUGUGCUGGCACCACAAGAUUGUCACACCAUUCUACAUUGCGAACUUACCGUGUAAAGCCUGGCUAAGCCUUUCACCACCAGCUUACAGUUUGAUUAGUUGUUAGUACAUGUAUUCUCAAACUAGCAAGCCAGUAGCACUAUGCGAAUGUGAGAACAGCGUGUUGCUGAUUCAACCGAAUGCUAAAAUGCUCUUUGGUGGUCUUGACCGAUGCCUUUGUACCCUAAAGUACAUUUAUUUUUUCUGUACAAAUCUGUUGUGCGAAGAAUUGAUAUGUUUCAUUUUCCUGGUGAUAAAAUAGUUGCUGCUAAGCAGGCAGCCUAGAAAGCUGUGCUGUCUGCAGAAGCAAAGCGCAUUUAAAAUGUCACAAAAUGUGUUUCUGUAAGGGAUUCUGCGAACUGCCAUAGCAAAUGGAAAUAUAUGUGGCUUAUCAGGCAUACAUAGAACAAAUGUCACUUUUCAUUUCCUCAAAGGCUGAUGUGUGCAGUGCAAGCGGGUGAAAGACAUCCUUGCUCAGUAAAUGCAUUUCCUUAAAAUGCUGCAUAAUGCUGACGAGUAACAUGGCCCAACACUACAACAUUAACAAUGACGCAAAAGUUUUGGUUCACUAUUACUUGUCUUGCAAAGUAAAGACAAGAAAACUUCAUUUGCAAGGACAUGAAACUUCCAUGGGUAUAUAUAAAGUGAGAACUUGUGAUGAGUUGAAUUGUGAAAUGGUCAAAAAUAUUAAUACUAUUUCACUUGUGACACAAAUUACGAAUUAAAGGUGUGUAAAAGUUAUGCUUCCGUUACGGGUUCAUGCCAUUUUUUUAUGCAUUUCCUAUGUACAGUGAAAGCUUAAUGUAACAAAGUUUCAUGGGACACAAAAAUGUCUCUGUUAUAUCCAUUGUGCAUUGUUAACCAUGCUAAUAGUCUGCAUGACUGUUACCCUAGUUUUGUAUGUACAUGUGUGCGUGAGCUUUGGUGUAAAAAGAGCCAAGGACAUAUUUACUACAUGCACAGUUCAUUCAUAUCGUAUGUUGAACCAUUUCUACGGUAGACGCCCCUUCGAAAAUUGCCCCGUAUACAAUCAUGGACAGUAUGAAAGGGAACACUGUAAUUAUUCUCAAGUGGCCAUAAUGCCUUAGUGCAGUUUUCCAAUGCAAAAGUUUCCAAUGCAAAGGCUUAUACACAAAUUCUGUUUCCUUUCACAUUGCUCAUGGCCGUGCAUGCACAAACACACACACACAUACAAAGCUUGUGUUCCACUCAAGUAGUUAUACAAAAUCUUGCAUUGAGUUUCACUUCUACUGUAUGUAUUGACCAUUGAACAUUGCUUAGUGUCUUGAGUUAACAGACAAACACUGGCAUGAAAUACGAGAGCUAGGCCCGUGCUGAAAACGGUUGCAAAGAAAUAUUUGUCUUUGAAGAUGGAUGUGAUGCAGUUGCUGGUACAUAUCUGAACAGGAUGCUAUAAGCAUCUCCUUUGCUUCUAUGACAUAGACAUAUAUAUCAUCAAGAACCUACCAGUAUAGUUUAUGUGAAUUUGUGAAAAGACUUCAAACAGCACUUCGUGCAGCCAUGUGAGAAACACUGCAACACUUUUGCAUUUAUAGUUGCAUUUCUUUAAAUAAACUGUAUCAGUGAGGCCAAGGCA